GAAAACAGAAGCGCAAAAUAUUUUUUGUCAAUUUUAUCGAUAUAAAUUAAAGUAAUUCAACGUAAAAAUAGAGAAAAUAUAUCCGCGAACAAUAAAACAAUUGUAAGUAAUAGAAAUAUUUUCGUUUGAUAAUAUGGAACGUCAAGGAUUAUACAAAAAUCGCCCGGCUCCCGGACAAAAAACAAGAAAUGGUCGAGCUCACGAAACACAAAUGCGUGGAAGAGCAAAUCGUGCUGAUGCAUUUUUGGAAAAUCGUGGAUUGACUAACGAUAUAGAAGAUGAAAGUCCUGUUGGAAGUCCUGUGAAACAACUAACGAUGAAAUCCGUAAGUAAGAUGGCAUCGACAAUGAAUUUCACAACAAAAACCGAAGAGCGACUCUUCAAGAUGAACGAAAUUAGAAAGAUGCCGAAACGAAAUGCGCCUGCUAAGAAAAGCCCUUUCGUUUCUGUAGUUCCUUGCGGCAGAAUUCUUCCGAAAAAACGUGAUAUUUUGGAAGAUAAGAUGAAAGAGUUCCAUGAACGAUUCUCCAAACAAACAGCAACGAAAACACCAACUGCAACUAAACGACGUUCUAUAAAACGAAGAUCCAUUGGGAAAACACAACUUGUUGUAAGAAAGCAAGCUGGCAAAGCAGUUGUAUUGAAAGCUGUUACUCGUCCCAAAUCAGUAAAAAAAGAACCGAAAUCCGCAUCGAAAACUCUUUCCGCGCGCAAAAUUCCGAUUAUUACAGAGCCUCAACCAAGUACAUCAAAGGAUCAACCUAUUUUGAAGAUGAAGCCUCGCACUCCAAACGGAUUCAUUGCGCCAACUUUGAAAAAUGUUCCGAAAAAACUUUCCGCAAGAAAAAUUCCAGAAAUUAAAGAGCCUCAACCGGGUACGUCAAAAGCUCCAAAUAACUUCCUUGCGGCAAACAUGAAAAUGCAAAAUGAAACGCAAGAAACGUUCAACUUUUGUCAAUCAUUCAUUACAUCGACAACAUCUAAACGAGCAAGUGUACGAAUUGUUCCUGAGAAUGAAUUUGCCGAUGAAGAAUCUCUUUUAGAGGGAAUCAGUCCAAUUCCAGAUGUUACUCCAUUCAAGUUUGCUGCUAACAAACAGUCUCCAAGAGACUCAUUUGGCAAAAAAUCGAUGAAAGGUUUGCCAACUCCGAACAUUUUUGGUACAGAGGAUCAGAAAGCUGAUGAAAAAAAAGUAAAAUCUCGCAAAUCAUCAAUUGUUGGAUUACCAAAACCAAAUGUAGAGGAAAUUCAACCAGCAAUGGUUAAAAAAGAAGAGCCUUUCGUAUUUGUCGCACGCAAAACCAAGAGUAUUGAAAAAGAGCCAUCGAUCGAUGAGGAAUUGAACAUUACUUUCACUCAAGAAGAUGACGAAGAAGAGGAAAAGCCCAUUGAAGAAAACAAACGUCGUUCAAGCAUCCGAAAAUCGUUGCCCGUAAUUUCUGAUCCGCAAAAAAUUGAACGAAAUCCAAUCGCAAAAGCUCAUGAAGAAACGCUCGAGUCUGAAAUCAAACGUCUUACGGAUCGUAACACAGAAUGGACAACACUUCGAGACAACAAUUUACUGAACGACAACGUCAUUGGUUUGAUCAAUAGCGCAGUUGGGCAAUCAGAACUCUUGAUGCGUAAAAAACUCCCAAAAUUCCGUGAACUCAUUGAAAAUUACGAAUUUGAUUCGGGAGAUCGUGCUGUUUUGCAAGAUGAUCUCGAUGGCUAUUGGAUGACUGUUAUGAUGGAAAUUGAGAGCAUCGACAAACGAUUUGCCGAUCUUGAGGCGCUCAAAGCAAACGAUUGGGAAGAAAAAUUGGAAGAAGUAGCGAAGCCCAAAACUCGUAAACGCACACGAAAGGCAGAAAAAGUGGAAACAAAGACAACUGCUAAUUUGGGUUUGUUAGAACACAUUCGAAAUCUCCGAAAGAAGAUUCAAAAACCCGAAAAAGUUCCCGAAAUGGACACAGUUGAAGCGGAAAAUGUACAAUUAGUGAGUGUCAAACGUCUUGCUGAUACUCCGCGAAAAUCUAUUGCCAAACGUCGCAGUUUGAAUUGCUCAGGAUGUUGCACAACUCCGUCUUCUGCCCGUAAAUCGAAAUCAGCAAAGAAAGUUAGCACAUUAGUGACAAUUGAUAGCGCAGCCAAAUCCAAACGCAAAUCCAAGAAAAUCAAUUUUGUUGAAGCUCCUGAAGAAGAAGCAAUUGAGCCAACAACUGUAGAAUCUGUUGCACAUCGUUCUAUUCUCAAAUCAAGCAACAAACGCAACACCAAAAGUGUCCUUUUUGCAGAAAGCCCUGAGAAAUCGACGCGUGCACAGAAAACGCCUCGUAGCAAGAAUCGCAAAGUAAAGAACGUUGAUGCUUCUUUCGAUUGGAAUGACGAAAACUCUCCAAUGAUGGAAUUUGGAACGCCCAUUGAUACUCCAGUAAGCAAUAAGGGACGUAAAUCGCAAAAAGCAACUCCCAAACCGACAGUAUCUCAUGCGACAGUAUCAGAUUAUGAAGAUUCUCCCGUUAGUGCCUUGGCAGGUAAUCGUUCACGACGUUCUACUCGUUUAUUCGGAAACAUGAUCUAAAUAUGGUUGUUGCAACGCCUAAUCUUAAGCCAUUAUGUAUUGUUAGUCCCGUAUGUUUUAGGGAAAAUUAGUUUAAAAUGCAGCAAUAUUAUACACUUAACAGUCUUGCGAUUCACUCGAGACAAAGAACUAACCUUUCAAAUACUUAACAAGACUUUUUUGUACAACAAUA